AUUUCGAUAGCAAUUCACGUUGGUUGCGUCUUAUUGACGUUUUAGCUAUGACUUUUUGGAUAGAUUAUGUCAACACUGUAAUUGUUAACAAUUAAUAUUAAUGAAAUUAUGCCGAACGAAAAAGAAGAGCAAACCCGGGAUUCAAGAAGAGUUAACAUAACUCUGUUGCUGGCCCAAACGUUAGGACUACAAACGAUGUUAUUUCUGCCAUUCAUAGGAGUGUCCGCGGGAGCUGUAGGCCAUGCCAUAGUGUACGCCCUGAUAUACAUCGUGAUCGGCAUCCCCGUGAUGUACAUGGAGAAUGUGGUGGGCCAGUUCACAGGCCGCGACUGUAUCGAGGUGUGGAAAGCCAGGCCCUGCUUGUCACAUUUUGGCUAUGUUCAUAUUAUUUGGCAGCUUCUUCAUUUAGUCUAUCUUUUCGCACUCGGUUCAUUUGUAGUGCAUUACUUCUUGAUAAGCUUUGAAAACCCUAUUCCAUAUUAUAUUUGCGGAAACUGGAGCACAGCGGAUUGUGACAUUUUAAUCGUCAACUACACUGUCAAUCAAGAAUGUGUAAGGGCAAAAGAAACAAUGCCUUACUGUUCUGAACUGUGUCAGACAUUUCCAGAAGUUCAAUAUUGGAGAUAUAAUAUAUUGGGAAUGAAAAGAAAAGGUUUCCACCUGCCAUGGCGCGUAUGUCUUGCAUCGGGUAUGCUUGCCAGUAUAUUAUUCCUUAGUUGCUUCAAAGGAAGACUUUCUUUGAAAUGGGCAUUGUUAAUAGUGUCGAUACUUCCUACGAGCGGACGAAUUCUGUUUUUCAUAGGAUCCAUGUUCCAGAAGGGCAUCGUGGUGAAGUUCGAACAAGCAUUUGAUACGGAUUUCAAUAAAUUUAUUCAAAGAUUUAGUUUGUCUACGUCAAUAGCAGACGUGUUAUAUACCCUGAAUGUAGGAACCGGGUUGUCUUUUGCCUGCGCUUCUAAGACCACUUUCAGAGCUCCUUGCUAUUCCAACACAGUUAUUGUGGUCGUCAUUACCUGCUGCGUUAGCAUGCUGGGGAUCUGCGGCACGGUCAUGAUGAUCUGUCCCUAUGCUUACAAGUACGAUAUCGACCCAGUUAGAGUAAUGAACUAUCCAAUAUCGCAUAUUUUCGAGAAAGUACCUCGAUUUUUAUACGUUUACGAACAAACAUCAUUCUGGUUGAUUAUUUCUUAUAGCUAUAUUGCAAUAUCUGCAUUUACUUUGAAUAUUUGCAUCAUUUCGAGCUUGAUAGAGAUGGUUUCAAAAAGAUAUUCAAAGGUUGCUAUAAAUCCAGGCCUAACGGCAUUUGUCAUCGCAAUCACUAUGUAUCUUGCAACUGUCCCACUAUUGGGCAACUUGAGUUUAUACUUUUUAGUUGACGCGAAACGUACUAUGAAUUUAGUAAGCAUAUUCUUGGUGAUAUGUGAAAACUUUGUCUUCGUGCUAUGGUAUGGCUUGGAGAGGUUCUCUGAAGAUGUACACUUCAUGCAGGGCGUACAACCUAAGUCCUCGGUGAAAGCGUGCUGGCUGGUGUCGGGGUUUAUACUGGUAUAUGUGCUCGUUACGCAACUCUAUAUAAUAUACGUUGACAAAAAUCAUACGACGGGAAAUAAAUUCGCGUGUUAUUUCUUAAUUAUCAACAUAUGUGUAACGGUACUAGUGACAAUAGUCAAACUAGUCAUAGCUUUGUAUAAGAAGAAUUUGUACGAGCAACUCAGCUUAGACUCAGAAUGGGGACCAAAGAGUGAAAUACUGAGACGCAGUAGAGCCAUGUUUAGUGCUCAGGCGAUGACUAAGGAGUACAUGUAUCGACAAUAUCACCUGCAGGCUGGAAUACUCAAGAGGCAACAGAGAUCAAAUGUCAGAGUUAAGCAGCCAGGAGUUCGUUUUGAUGUCGAAAAAAAAUAAUUUUCAUAUUUAACAAAGAUAUGUCUUAUUGUUGUGCCUCUAUCUGACGACAAAUUGUUAAC